CGGGGCGGUGAGGGUCGCGGCGCGCAGCGGUGUGGUGUACCGGCCGUGUGCGCUGCUCUCCGACAGACUGACCGAGCGCGGCACGAUGGCGGUGACGGCGGCGGCGGCGGCGGGCGCCGGACCGCAGCACUACUGCCUGCGCUGGAACAACUACCAGUCGAACCUGACCUCAGUCUUUGACCAGCUCCUCCAGAGCGAGUCGUUUGUGGACGUGACACUGGCCGUGGCCGGACGCGCGCUCAAGGCGCACAAGGUGAUCCUCAGCGCGAGCUCUCCGUAUUUCCAGACUCUGCUGCACGACAACCCGUGCGGCCACCCGAUCGUGGUCAUUGAGGACGUGUCGCAUGCUGACAUGCAGGCCAUCGUGCAGUUCAUGUACAAGGGGGAGAUCAACGUGGCCGAGCAGCAGCUGCCCAGCCUGCUGAAGGUGGCCGAGGCGCUCAAGAUCCGCGGCCUGGCCGACGUGCCGGAGGGCGAGACGGUGACCCGGCGGGCUGCCCCGGAGCCGCAGCGCCGCCAGGCCUCGGCCGAGGCCGGCGGCAGCCCGGAGCCGGCGGCGGCGGGCAGGGCGCCCCCGCAGGUGGGACAGACCCCGGAGAGGCCGCCGCAGGGCCCGGCGAUGCCCCCGGGGACCACGGCCGAGCCGCGGCCGGCGCCGGCGCCCUCCCAGGCACCGGCCCACUCGCGCGCCUCCGACGACACCGAGAUCCGACCGGCUAUCAUCGAGAUGAUCAAAGAGGAGGAGAGGGCGAUGAUGAUGGAAAACAACUCGAGCUCGUGGAACUCGCCACCAGAGCCGACGUUCCAGCACCAGCUGCAGCAGGCGUGGCAGAAGUCGUGGAACCAGCAGCAGAGCCUGCUGCAGAACCUGCGCUUCAGAGAGCGCGGCCCGCUGAAGUCGUGGCGGCCCGAGACCAUGGCCGCCGCCAUCAUGUCCGUACUCAGGGAGGGCCACAGUCUGUCGCAGGCGGCACGCACGUACGACAUCCCGUACCCGACGUUCGUCCUGUACGCCAAUCGGGUGCACAACCUGCUGGGGCCGUCCCAGGAGGGACCCGGCGGCAUCCCUAACGAGCUGCGACCGAAGGGCCGCGGCCGGCCGCAGCGGAUCCUGCUCGGAGUCUGGCCCGAGGAGACGGUCAACAACGUGAUCCGCGCUGUCGUGUUCAGGGACACCUCCGGACUGAAGGAGCAGAUGGAGAGCAAGGCGGCGGCCGUGGCAGCCGCGGCCGCAGCGGCCGGACACGGAAUCCAGGACAUGCCGGCCUCGCUGACGAAGCUGAUGCAGCAGCACCAGCAGCAGCAGCAGCAGUCGCCUCACACUCCGACCGGGCCCCCUCAGCCGCACAUGAACGGCCGGCCGCCGUUCCGGAUGCAGGCAGCGCCGCCUAUGCCGCCGCGUGUCGGCGGGCCCCCGAUGGCCGGCGGCGGCGGGGGCGGCCGCGGCGGGGCGCCCUCGGGCCUGCCGCACCCGGCCGCCGCCGGCGCCCGCCACCGGCCGCCCAACCUGCUCGGCUUUCCCGACAUGCAUAUGAUGAUGGGCAUGUUUCCGCCCGGCAUGCUCUCGGCCACCGGCGGAGUGCCGCAGAUGAACUUGCCACCGCUGCUCGACCAGAAGCCACCGGUGGGCGUGGGCACCUCGGCGGGCCCCUCGCCGCCGACCCGGCCCGUGCCCGGCCUGUCGUCGAUCGCCGGCGGCGCGGCCCGCUCGGACAGCUGCGACACGGACCCGGCCGGCGAGAACAGCAACACGAGCGGCGGCGGCGGCGGUCCCGAGCCGUGUCUGCUGGAGCCGCUGCAGGAGAUGACAGAGGGCGACGAGCCGCUCCAGGUGCGGCGGGACCUCGACAGCCCGGCCGCAGAGGGAGCGGACAGCCCGGCCCAGACGCACCGGUCCACACCCGACUCGGCACCGCCCGCCAAACGAAUCAAGCAGGAUAUGCACGGCUACCCGGGAAUGCCGCCGUUCCGGAUGCAGGCAGCGCCGCCUAUGCCGCCGCGCGUCGGCGGACCCCCGAUGGCCGGCGGCGGCGGGGGCGGCCGCGGCGGGGCGCCCUCGGGCCUGCCGCACCCGGCCGCCGCCGGCGCCCGCCACCGGCCGCCCAGCCUGCUCGGCUUUCCCGACAUGCACAUGAUGAUGGGCAUGUUUCCGCCCGGCAUGCUCUCGGCCACCGGCGCCGUACCCACCAUCAACCUGCCUCCGCUGGUCGACCAGAAGCCGACCGUGACCAAGACCGAGGCGCCGUCCCCGAGUCUGCCUGAGGUCACCAUAUCAUCCGUCCCGAUCCGGUCAUCCCCCAACGACACAACACCAACCCCGCCGUUUUUGAACGGCCCCCAGUCGUGUGCCACCUCCAACGGACCUCCGUCCGCGCCCGGCGGUACCCCAGCCGAGUCCAACGGAGGCCUGGGCCGCUCGGACAGCUGCGACACGGACCCGGCCGGCGAGAACAGCAACACGAGCGGCGGCGGCGGCGGCGGUCCCGAGCCGUGUCUGCUGGAGCCGCUGCAGGAGAUGACAGAGGGCGACGAGCCGCUCCAGGUGCGGCGGGACCUCGACAGCCCGGGCGCGGAGGGAGCCGACGGGCUGGGUGGCACGUUUGGCACGGCUGAAGAGAUCGGAGCGGCCUUCACCAAACAGAUGCAGGGGGUAACCAUGUACCCGGUGCCCUCGAGCGGUGACCAGUCGGCGGACCAGCGGACCGGACCAGGGACCGGGACCGACGGGUACCCCGCGGACCAACAGACGCCGGCGGAGCGGCCGGCGGGCGCACAGGACGUGCACGGAUCGCUGGCGGCCCCGGCGGCCGCGCUGCGCGCCAUGCCCUGAACGCGGCGCGACUGUGACAGGCAGCGGCGCACCGGAGACUAGCAGACUGGUCGACGAACGGUGCGCGCGACCAGCCGCAGCAGCACAGCUAGGACGAUGGAGGUAAACUGGAGACGAUCGUAACGCAUUGGAGACGAUCGCGGCGCGUUGGAGACGAUCGCGCAACUACCACUAGGCUUUAACAGGCGAGACGGCCGGCCCGAGCGGCCGCCGGCUCGCAGAGGCGGAUGCACAUCCCGGAAUGUAUGCGAUUCAGAGGCCUUAUCGGUUCGGAGGGGGGAACACUGAGGCGGACGGACGGACGGACGGUAUCACACCUGCGCGCGCGGGCCCCGCACUCUGUCUCUCACGGUGUUCGUGCCAUUGACAGAUACCUCAUGUGUAGCCCCGAACGGUAGCGAACGUAGCUGGCAGACCGGCCGGGUGGCCCGUUGUUGUAUCCGUUGUCAUUUUCUACUCGGCGGUCUGCUGAUCUCAGGCUAUAAGUCGAACAAUAUGCCAAAGAGGCGGAUUCUGAGGCGGCGGCUAUGCUGUCGUGCCGGGGCCGGCCGCAUGAGGUCCUCCUUCACGGCUGACCACCGGCCACGAGGUCAGAGGCUGUCGCCAUGGCGCUCUGCUCGCUACAGGCCGGCGAGAGCGAGCGCAGCAGUUGGUUCCUAGUUCGGCUUCCCACCCGUUGUCGUGGCGCCAUACCGGGCGGCUGGACCCCGCCCGGGUCUGGGGGCGUUCACCGCCUCCUCUCCGCGCCGGUACCCAACGCCGGGGCCGGCUGAGUGACCCGGGCCGGGCGGCCGGGUCGUCUGAGCUAACAGUCCGUGUACGAGGGGUGGCGGAGCGGCUCUGUCUCUGCCCCUGUGACUCGCGCGUGGCCCCACUGGGCGCGCACCAGGCCAGUUGAGUGCCCGCCCGGCGCCGCGCCGGUCGGCCCGCGUCAGAGCGGGCUGUUCGCAGCUGAUGCGGCGACUGUUGAGGCCGCGCAGGCCACUCUGAGUCCGAGAGCAGGACGCUUUUGUAUUAAGUGCAUGAAAUAUUUUAGUUUGCGUCUGUUGUCUUUUGUUGUCUUGAUUUCUAGGUAUGAAUCUAAUACCCAGAGGCAGGAAUGUGUAUUCGUCAAUGAUCUGCUUCAUGUAUUUGCACAUUCUCUUUUUGCUUUGUCUCCAAACUCUUGUCAAAAACAUAGUAGAACGCGUCAAGCUAUUGUUGCAAUGCACGUUCUUAUCGUUAACCCAUGUUGCUGAAUGAACUGAUCUGACGAAUUAUAGUUCGAAGUAUUAUAAUAAAGGUAAAAUGUUCGACCGAAUUCCUUAUUAUAAUUGAAUUUGAGCAGUUUGUUUUUCUAUUAGAAUAUAUCACCACAGACAACCUUCCCGUGUAAAUAGGCACAGUCUAUGUGAAAGGCGCUGAUAAACUGAGAGCUCGUAUCUACUGUAUUUGUAAUCUUGUACAAUCUGGAACGUGAAUACAUGUAUAAGUGAA